AUGGCUGCAACAGGGAGAUACCGACGAAUCUCGGACGUUGACCGAAAUCGCCUCAUCGAUGCCUUUGAGGCUGACGACGCUGACUAUCUGCAGGUAGCAGAUACGCUGGGCAUCAAGCACUCAACGGCCAGAUCAAUCGUUGGCGUAUAUCUUCGGGAUGGUCGUCGUAACAAGCUGCCGAAAGGAGGACCCAUAAACCAGAAGGUUGACGACGACAUGAGAGAUGCCCUUCAAGGAUAUCUAGAUGACAACCCCCUUCUAACUUUGCGUCAACUCAAUACUCAACUGCGAGCUGAUCUUCCCGAUAAGCCCUUCGUUACCACUAGUACCAUCGCUAGAACUCUAGAUGGUAUGCUUAUAACUCUUAAACUAGCGGAAGAUGUUCCAGAACAGAGGAAUGAGCCACGCAUAUUAGAUGCACGAGUCAUAUUUGGAAAUUGGUUUCUUCAGGUUGGUGUCCUUGGCCACACUGUGUACAUUGACGAGACUGGGUAUAACAUAUGGACCCGUCGGUCUUAUGGUCGCGCUCCUCGUGGAGAGCCAGCAAGGCGUGUCGUCCAUGGCCAGAGAGGCAAGCAAGUCAACAUCACGUUUGCCAUUUCUGGUGAGGUUGGACAGAAUAUCAUCAGAGACUGUGACGAGAGCGACUUUUGAGGAUUUCUUAGCGACGACUGUACAAGAAUGCGGUAUGUUAUUCCCGGCAGGCGAACGCA